GUUUGGUACCCAGGCUUCCCAGUGCGCACAGAUCUCGGCUGCACCGUCCGACCAGCUCUCAUCUCUGCAGGAUGAGUUCAUUCAGUACGAGGGCGCUGACGCUUCUCUCAUCGGUUUUUGGGGCCUGCGGUCUCCUGUUGGUGGGCGUCGCUGUGUCGACAGACUACUGGCUGCUGAUGGAGGAGGGAAUCGUCCUGCAGCAGAACCAGACCACUGAGGUCAAGAUGGCGCUGCACUCUGGCCUCUGGAGGGUCUGCUUUGUGGCCGGGCCCGAGAAGGGCAGAUGUGUGGCAUCGGAAUAUUUCACAGAGCCAGAGAUAGAGAUCACGACAGAAAACACAGCCAACAUACUCAAAAUGGUCCGGACCGCCACUCCCUUCCCCAUGGUCUCCCUGCUCUUUGUCUUCACCGCCUUUGUAAUCAGCAACAUCGGGCACAUUCGGCCGCAGCGCACCAUCCUCGCCUUCGUUUCUGGUAUAUUCUUCAUUCUGUCAGGUCUUAGUCUGGUGGUGGGUCUGGUUUUGUACAUCUCCAGUAUUAACGAUGAGGUGAUGAACCGACCUCGAGAGCCCGAGCAGUUCUUCCACUAUCACUACGGCUGGUCCUUUGCCUUCGCCGCCUCCUCCUUCCUCCUCAAAGAGGGUGCAGGAGUGAUGUCUGUCUACCUCUUCAUGAAGCGUUACGCUGAGGAGGAGCUUUACCGGCCCCACCCUGCACUGUACCGCCCCCGCAUGUCCGACUGCAGCGACUACAGCGGCCAGUACCUCCACCCGGACUCCUGGGCUCCACCACAGCGGGGCCGCAGUGCCUCCGAUGUCUCCUCUGACAUCUCCAUCCAGCUCAACCAAACUCCACCCCAGCAGCCACUUCCCAAGGGGGGCAGCAGCUCCCAGGCAACACCCUCUUCCUCUGGACCGUCAUCAGCUGCCAGCUACCAGCUCCAACCAGCUUCUUCCUCCUCCACCUCCUCCUCAUAUCCACAUCCUCUUCACCCAGGUGCCACCUCCACCCUUUCCAGGGGUUCACAUAUCCACUCCCACCCUCAGCCACACCCUCAUCCGAGUGGGCCUGCACCCCAGUCCCUGCCUAUGGCGGCGCCACCCUCUGCCGUGCCUCCUCCACGGUACCACGCACACAUGCGAAUGAGCGCCUCGCCAUGCUAGGCUUACAUAUGGAGGGUGCAGGAGGGAAAAACACAUCUGGGAUUGGGGACGAGGGUGGGGGGUUAGAUUAGUUCUGUUACAGCGCUUAUACACCACACGACAAAAACACACAUGAACACAGAUCCCAUACCCGCCAAGUGUGUGGGAGGAAGAGUUGUAGCAAAGAAGUAGAAGAAGGGAGGUUUAAGGAGAUCAAGAAAGAGGAGAGAAAAGAGGGGAGGAGGGGAAGAGAAGCAGGUGGGCGGAGGGAUGACUCACUGCUGAUGCUGAGCCCGAGAUGAAGACAGACACUCAACAAAACUUUUAACACGCUGGGAGGGAACAUGGGAGGGAGGGAGUGAGAGAUACGAUGAUUAGUAGCAACAAGACGUUUGUGGGGUUUCUGACGGGUACUUUCAUCAUCACGGCCAUGAUACACAGGCAACAGUGUCAAACAGCACAGGAAACAGGAAGCUGAAUCAUUUCCAAAAUGCUGUCCAUUCACAAAAACAACAUAAAUGUUGAAUUAUGAAUCAUAUGAAAACAUUGCCUAAGUUUCUUGUAAUGAAUGUUUUCAUAUUUUUGUGAAUGUGGUUGGGAAGGUCGAUGCAGUAUCUCGAUUACUUUAGAAAUAAAUCUUGGUUUUAUGGAAGUAACCCCUUAGUAAUGAUUAUUAAAAAAUCUGUAUAUUAUUAUAAUUAUUUUUUACAUUUUGGUAUUUGUCCAUAAGGGAAGCUACGUGCAGUAGUCAUUUGAGGGUGUUACAUCUAACACAGCUCACAGUUUUCAGAGAAUAAAUCUAAAUUUGACUCCGGUCAUCUCAGUUAAAGGGGGACUUUGACCAUUGAAUGUUUGUUUGCACAUUUUCACAUUGUGUAAACUAUGUUUAUUUUGUAUCUUUAAAAUCUGGUUCACGACUAGGAUGAACCAUUUUUAAGGCUAUUUAAUCUGACUUAAAACAAAAUUAUCUUGAUUUUAUUUAGUAAUUUAUUUCAUUUUACAACAAAAAAGCCUAAAUGAGUUUUAAUUAAAUUUCAGAAAACAUUUAUCUUGAUGGAAGAAAAGUUUAGACAAAAAGAAAGUAAAUAAAAGUACUUUCAUUUCCCACAGAUUCCCAUAUUAAUCCAAAAGGCCAGUGGAAAAGUCCCUGGUGAAAUUUCUAACCUCCAGUUUGCGCUAUAAAACAAAACGAAAAGACAUCCCUGCAUUACCAUCAUUUUACAGUGCAGAUGUAAAGAAAUAAAUAAAAUGUUUGACAGAAGUGUGCUGUAAAAAGGCCAGCAGACAAGCUGUAAUAAGGCCUAGCUACUUUCACAUAUUAAAAAAAAAUUUAUUAGUGUUUAUUGAAAAAAACAUUAUUUAAUGUUUCGUCUGUUUUCACAUGGAGCAUCCAGGUGUAUUUAAAUUUAACACCACCACAUCCUUCAGUUCUUCCCAACCCUGUUCAUGAAACUCCAUCUUUAUGAUACAGAGUGCCCAGUGUAUUAAUAAUCAGUAUCACUUAUCACUUUUGCCCUUGUACCAUGACCUACAGAUACAACCAGAGGUAAACUGUGUAUUAAUAGAGAUUUAUACUUCUAAUGUACAGAUCUUCUUCUCCCUCUUCUGCGAUCUUGCUGAAAUAAAUGUUCUCCUAUAACGUUUAAGAUGUUUUAGCUAUCAAAUUUUCUAAGUUGUUUGUAUUAGAAGUUGGAAGCUUUGAGAAUGAAUGUUUAACAUUUUGAGGAAUGAAGCUGAAGAUGUAACUGAGACUUUUUAACUGAGCACAGUCAAAGAGCGUCUGCGGGAGCUUCACAGGUUGAAGGUUUCCAUGACCUGAGCGAAUGGGGACUGUCUCUUUCAGCGGUGAUCACCCAUGGUACAAUCAAACUGGAUGCCUUGGAGUUUUAACGUUGACGCCAUGAACUUAGAAUUUAAUGUCUUAGAUGUAUACUUAAUACUACAUGCAGAUAUGAGAAAAUGUAAAACCAGGUGGAGAUUGAACUUCAUUUGAAUCUAUUCAAUUCACAAAAAGAACUCCAAUAGGACUGAACUUACCUUGCCUUUUUUACUUGGUUGGUUUAUAUGGAGUUAUUAAUAAGUGAUUAUCUACCAGUUUUCUAAAGUAAAUGUCCAAGGAAGAUGUCUCUUUCCAUUUGUAGUGAUUUAUAUUUGGCGCUUUGUUUCUGCUCUGCCUGACGUAGCAACAGCAGCAGCAAACUCUCAGAGCUUCCAUCAGUGACAACAGAUGUGUCAUUAAGGCCUCAGUCACACAGGCCAGUGACGCCCUGGCAACCUCUGGUUACUACGGAAAAUAUUUAAAUUCCCUAAAAAAGUUGGUAAGUGCUGAAUGUAUCUGGUUGUCACUAGGUGAAAUUGAUUGCAAAGGAGGUGCUCCACCAACAACCUCGUUGUGAUUGCUUUGGUCGCUUGCAGAUUGCCACAGUUGCCUGUAGUUUGCAUGGCAGAUACUAACUUGUCUGCAAACACUUGCCAACUGCUCUCUGAGCUGUAGUGGAAUACAUGGAAUUUGAAAGGCAAUACAAACCAGAAAUGGAACAUGUCUGCCUUCAGGUAAAAGUUGUACCUUACCGCUGCAACUAACACUUUGAUUUUGAAGGCCGUUGGUCUCUUGUUUCUGGUUUAUGUUGCACUCUUCACAGUUUUACUACCACUUAGUAGUACCACCACCAUGUAGUUGGCACAUAUUUCAUGCAAACUACAGAUGACUGCAGCUUCCUGCUAGCAACCACAAGGAGGUUUUCAAUGCAACACUGUAACACUGUGUGACAUAUUUGCUUAAUCUCCAGCAACCACUCAUAACUGAUUGCAGAAUAUAAAUUUUUCUGGUAAGAGAAUGCACAUAUUUCCCUUGUAAGCAGUGGUUACUAGAUGGUCAGUCUUUAGGCCUGUGUGAUUGGGGCUUUAGUCAGAUACUGCAUGAAAAGGAGGAGGCUGGGUUUAGGUGGACUGCGAAAACGUUUUGAAUCCUGAUAGCUUAAAUUGUGUGACCUAUGUGAGAUUUGACAAUGAAAUGAUCUAACAGUGUUUAACUUUGGUGCACUCUGGUGAUGGUGUUCUUACCUGAACUGACAGGUUUAUAAUGGAAUCUCAAUCUUCCUGGUUUUUAUAAUGAAGUUGUGUGUUUAUAUAAAGAACAGAUGGAGGUCGAGGCUUUGAUGAACAUAAACUUGGAUGGAGAGCAAACUAAAAAUGGGUAUCAUUCCAGGUUUUCAUGCUUUAAUAUGUAUUUAGCUUAGCACUUUAAAGUUUAAAAAAACUUUUAAUCUGCACAUUUUAAAUCCUCAUAAUAUGAAUCUUUUUUAAACAGCAAGAUAGAAAAUUUAAGGUCACCUAUGUUUACAGUUUGUUGCAUAGCAGGAAAAUGUUAGUCCUUCCAAUAUUACAGAGAGCAGGUUUGGGAUUAUUUGGAAUUAUUUGGGAUUGUUUGGGGUUAUUUCGAGGUAUACUGAAAAAAACUAACUGAAUAAAGUGAGUACCUAUAAAUAUGUUACUAUGAAACACAUUUUCCAGUUUGCCUCCUAUCCAGGUUCUGCUGUUGCACAGUGACCAGAAAGAUUGCUUGUUUUUGUAGCAUAAUAACAAUCAUGCCUAGCAUAGGGCAUUGUUUGUAGCCAUUUUUAGACCUACUGGGGAGAAAUGUUACGCUUACAGCCUGUGAUACUGUUAACAAAAAACAUUGUAGCAAAUUAAUUGCAGUGUUAAUAGCAUAUUUUAUGAAUAUUUGCUAUGUGAAAAUGAAAUAGAAAAUUCUUUAGCAGCUGAUUAUGAGAGCUUCUGCUUUAUGUUUUGAGAUAUUUAUUUUAAAUGCCAAAGCUGAGCAUCCUUGCUGUGUAGCGAGCACACACACACACACACAGUAACACAAACAGACACACACAGAGAUAUAUUUAUGUAGCUGACCUCUGAGGGUUUUUUUCUUGAUACAAAUAAAUCAGAACAGUGUUUUUGAGGACAUCACAUUAGAGAUGUAGAGCUCUGAUUCCGUGAACCACUUUUGAAAAGUUUACUUCCUUUAUUCAGCGCAGACGUUUCCUCAGACUGUGAUUUGGGUGUAUAUAUCUUCUCACUGUAUAUUCUUUAUGCCAGUUACCCUGGAUAUGUUUACAUUAUCAAUGAUAGGGGAAAAGUUUACAUUAAUGAUUCAUGAUCAGACAAAAAUUGGCCAUGUUAUUACUAAAACAUGUUGGUUCCAAUAGACUUUUGUUUUCAAUAUUCCUGAAAAUGUACUAUUUGCAGGAUUUUAAUCU